AGCAGACACGAACGCGGGGGGAGGACCGAGGAAGCACGGCUAUCCAGGCGGUGCAAAUUUUCCCCUGGAUAGCCAGUGCCCGGCCCCUUUCCCUUUAUAUGGUUCUGUGCUCCUUCCCGAAAAUAUGCAUCAGUGACAACAUCCCUUGUAACAAUUUACACAACUGUACAUAUCAUUGUUCAUAAUGUUUAUGUACGAAGAGAUAUAGAGAGAGUCGGAGAAAAUCCAAUCAUUACAGGAAUCCAGACAAGAAAAUGAUUAAGGCAUUUCGACGGGGAUUUCUUCCCUCGCAAGUUCCUUAUCGCAACCUUAAUGGCAAUGACAAUUCUGGAGUCAUCGUGUAUUUUAAAUUUCGCUCCUUUAUUUCCAUUGGCGUUGAAGAAAGAAUGGAGUCGUGUAUUGAAUUGAAGUCAGUGAAGCAAUUCCACGCUCACAUACUCGUCUCUGGACUUCAUAAAAAUACCCAGUUGGCUACCAAACUUGUAAUUAUGUAUACGAAGCUAAGGGGUUUAGCCGAUGCACGCCUGAUUUUUGAUCAAAUGUAUGAUCCACCCCUUUUCUUGUGGAAUAUAUUAAUCAAAGAGAACUCGAGCAAGGAAGCCCUUGCACUCUACAACCGAAUGCGGCAGGCAGGUGUACAGCCGGACCAUUUUACAUUUCCGCUUGUGCUGAAGGCAUGUGGGAAGCUGUCAGAUCUGCAAACGGGUAAGGCCAUCCAUUACCACAUAGUGAGAAGUGGUUUAGAAUCUCACGUUUUUGUAGGUAAUGCUCUCAUAGAUAUGUACGCUAAAUGUGGAUGUGUUGACGAUGCACGACAAGUGUUUGAUAAAAUGUCUGAUAGAUACAGGGACGUUGUUUCCUGGACUGCAAUGAUUUCUGGUUAUGCCCGGACUGAGCACGCUGAAGAAGCCCUCAUACUUUUCCAUCAAAUGCAACUUCAAAAUGUUAUGCCCGACUCUGUUACCAUGGCCUGUGUUAUAUCAGCUUGUGGAAAUUUGGGUGAUCUAGAGCAAGGCAAGUUGAUUCACAGUCAGAUAAAUAUGAACCAAUUAGAUUCUGACAUUGUCAUAACGACGGCAUUGGUAGAUAUGUAUGCCAAAUGCGGUGAUGUAGAUAUUGCAAACCAGCUGUUUGAGAAAAUGUCAAGAAAGGAUGUGGUGACAUGGAAUGCAAUGCUUGCUGGGUAUGCUAAAAAUGGACAAGCUAAUGAAGCUAUAAUGCUCUUUAAUCGAAUGCAACUGUCAAAUGCAAUGCCCAAUUUAAUAUCAACGGUGAAUCUGCUCUCUGCCUGUGCCCAUCUAGGAGCUGUCGAACAAGGCAUGGGUGUUCACACUUGCAUCAUUAAAAGGGGGUUUGAAUCAAGUCUUGUUGUAGGAACUGCUCUCAUUGACAUGUAUGCUAAAUGCCGGAGUAUUGAUAUAGCAAGGCUGCUUUUUGAAAAAAUGUCUGGUAGAAAUGUAGUUUCAUGGAGUGCAAUGAUUGCAGGAUAUGUUCAGAACGGGCUUGCUAGUGAUGCCUUGGUACUUUUUGAGCAAAUGCAACUAGAGCAUAUGAAACCCAACUCAGUUACCAUGGUAAGUGUUCUCUCAGCCUGUGCCCAUUUAGCAGCUCUGGAAGAAGGCAAGCGCAUACAUCAUUACAUAGUAAGGAAUGGACUUGAAUUGGAUACUUCUGUCAAAAAUUGUUUAGUUGAUAUGUAUGCAAAGUGUGGCAGUAUAGACAUUGCACGAAAUCUUUUUGAUAAAAUGUCUAAAAGAGAUGUGAUCUCAUGGAAUGCAAUGAUUGCAGGGUAUGGAAUGCAUGGGCAUGGUGAGGAUGCUCUUGCACUUUUUAAUCAAAUGCUAGAAGCAAGAAUAAAGCCAAACCACAUUACCUUUGUUUCAGUUUUAUCUGCAUGUAGUCAUGCAGGUCUGGUUGACUUGGGACGCAAAUAUUUUAGUUCUAUGAGUAGAGAAUAUCACAUUUCCCCAAGCAUGAAGCACUAUGUGUGCAUGGUAGAUCUUUUUGGCCGUGCUGGAAAUCUGGAGGAAGCAGGAAACGUGAUAAAAAGCAUGCCUCUAGAGCCUGACAUUGGUGUGUGGGGGGCAAUGUUAGGUGCCUGUAGAAUUCACUCCAAUAUCCAGUUAGGAGAAUAUGCGGCCAAAAAACUCUUUAAUUUAGAGCCUGAAGAUGCUGGAUAUUAUGUGUUAAUUUCAAACAUUUAUGCUGCGGCAGGGAAAUGGGAUGAUGUAGCCAAGGUGAGAGAAUUGAUGAAAUUUAAGAUGCUGAAAAAGACACCAGGAUGCAGCUGGAUUGAGGCAAAUAAUAAGAUUCACACAUUUCUUUCUGGAGACAAAUCGCAUCCUCAAUCUGAGAAAAUUUAUGCAAUGUUAGUGACAUUGAUUGAGAAGAUUGAGAAAGCUGGGUAUGUGCCUGACACAAAUUUCGUGUUGCAUGAUGUGGAGGAGAAAGUGAAGAAGCGUAUGCUUUACAGCCAUAGCGAGAAGCUUGCUAUUGCUUUCGGGCUCAUUAAUAUAAAUUCUGUGAUGCCCAUUCGUAUUACCAAAAACCUUCGUGUAUGUGGAGAUUGCCACAACGCAUCUAAGUUCAUAUCUAAAAUAGUCCAGCGAGAAAUUAUUGUGAGGGAUGCUAAUCGGUUUCAUCAUUUCAAGAAUGGAUUUUGUUCAUGUGGAGAUUUUUGGUGAUGUUAGUGUUAAGCAGAUAUAAGUCUCAUUGACAGCCAACAUUUGCAUACUACUUACUGAUGGCUGACAAUCCGAGUAUCAGCAUUACAUUGCAUGUCAGGUUACUCGCACAGUAAGUAGAAUAGGUCCAAAGAAAUAAAGAAAUGGCAUUCAAUAAAGAUCAACGAUGAACAAAUUAUGUACAGAAUUGUAGGAUGGGAGCUCAAAAUUACUUAAUAUAGAAAAAGUGGGGUGCAAAUGUUACGUUAAAUUGAUGGAUUAGGAACAUGUAUUUAUAGGCAUCUUCCUGGUCAUUAAAUCAAGUGCUAAACAAGAACAAUUAAGGAGCACAUCUCAUUAAGUUCCACUCUCAGUCUCAGUUGCAUUAAAAUUAUAUUCUUGCUUGGCAUGUUUCCCAGACACUGAGACAAGUCAAAGAGUCCUUAUCUCCAUCUAGCGAGGCCUACCGUGCUUUUCAGCACAAUGCCAUCUUAGGGACAGGUGCAGAAAACCCAAGAGAACACACUGUAGGAGGUGGGUUGCAUCAAUAACAGACCAGGCAACACAGUCAAACCAGGCCACACAGCACGGUUCUGUGUUCAGCAGCACAAACCUCGGAGCAACUUAGUCAUAUCUGCUUGAUUUCUGUUCAGUGACCAGAUUUCAGAUUCCAACCCUCUAUCGUAUAACAUUUGUUAGUCAACAAAAAGGUUAAAACCGACACCACACCUAAAGCACAUUACUCCCUCCCUAUGGUUCAGUAUUGGGGUUUAUUUUCUCUGUAUGAUUUGAUUUAUUAGCAUUCUAUCUAGAUUAUCAGCAUGAGGAACAGCACAAGGAAACAUCCGAGAAUGCAAUUAUGUUACCAUGUUGUAAAAGUUAGGCUGAGAGAUAGAGAGAGUCGGAGGAAAGUCCGAGAAUUACAGGAGACACAACAAGAAAACGCCAAAGAAAUUUCGUGCGGGUUUUGUUUUGCUGCCGGUGCCUCAUUGCAACCUUAACGUUUAUGAAAAUUGUGCAGUUUACGUGUAUUUUGAAGUUCACUCUAUAGUCCAUUUCCAUCAGUGUAGAAGAAAGAAUUAAAUUGUGCACUCAACCGAGGUCAGUGAAGCAACUCCAGACUCGACAAAAAUAUCGACUUGGCUACCAGACUUGUAAAUAUAUAUUGCCAAGGAAGGAGCUUAGCUGAUGGACGCCUGAUUUUUUAUCAGAAAUGUGAACCACUCCUUUUCUUGUCCGAUAUAUUAAUUGAAAGAUACGCGAGAAAGGAACCCCUUGUACUCUACGGCCGAAUGCGGCAGGGAGGGAAUACCCUCAUAGAGAUGUGUGCUAAAUGUGGGUAUGUCGAGGAGGCACGACAAGUGUUGGAUAAAAUGUCUGACAGAGAUGUUGCUUCCUGUACUGGAAUUGCUACUGGUUAUGCCCGGACUGAUCGUGCUAAAGAGUCCUUCAUAGUGUUUUAUUAAAUGCAACAACUCUAUUACAGUGGGAUGUGUUCCAAACUUCCAUCAGAUUUUUUUCUUUUAGGUGCUCUAGAGAAAGGCAAGUUGAUUCACGAUCAGAUAAAUAAGAAUAUAUUGAAUUCUAAGAUUUUUAUAAGGAGUCGCCAAAAAGUGGUGAUGUAGAUAUUGCAAUCCAGUUUUUGAGAAAAUGUCAAGAAAGGAUGUGAUGGCAUGAAAUGCAAUGCUUGCUGGACAUACUAAAAAUGGACAAGUCAAUGAAGCUGUAUUUCUCUUUACUCAAAUGCAACUGUCAGAUUCAAUAACCAUUGUAAUAUGGCAUUUACUAAAAGAACUCAAAUCUCCAGACUUUUAAGAUGCAGAUUCAAUCUAGGGAGCGUAGAGUGCAUUCCAGAGAGUUUGGGUUUCAUGUACACCGUUCCGUAUGAAAUCUCCGACAAGAAAUUUGAACCUCUGUAUUUAAUAUCAGUGAUGAAUCUGCUCUCUGCCUGGGCCCAUUUAGAAGCUGUCGAACAAGGCACAGGUGUCCACGCUCAUAUCAUAACAGGGGGUUUGAAUCAAGUCUUGCUGUGGCAGCUGCUCUCAUUGACGUGUAUGCCAAAUCCUAGAGGACAGGGAUAUCACGGCUGCUGUUUGAAACAGUCUUAUAGAAAUGUGGUGUCCUGGGGUACAAUGAUAGCAGGUCAUGUUCAGAAUGGAUAAUUGUGUCGAAAAUUCCCUAGUGGCAGUGAAAACAUUGCACAAAAUAUUUUUGAUUAUGUAUAAAUCCAGCUCGGUUACCAUGGUAAGUAUUCUCUCAGCAUGUGCCCAUUUAGCACCGCUGGAAGACGGCAAAUGUAUACAUUAUUGCAUAAUCAGGAAUGGACUUGAAUUGGGUAAUUGUGUCAAAAGUUCCCUGGUGGCAGUAUUGACAUUGCACAAAAUAUUUUUGAUAAUGUAUCUAAACAAGAUGUGAUCUCAUGGAAUGCAAUGAUUGCAGGGUAUGGAAUGCAUGGGCAUGGUGAGGACGCUCUUGGACUUCAUCAAAUGCUAAAAGCAAGAAUAAAGCCAAACCACAUUACCUUAGUUUCAGUCUUAUAUGCAUGUAGUAAUGCAGUUUUGGUUCAUUUGGGACAUAAUUAUUUUAAUAGUGAGUAAAGAAUAUAACAUUUCCCCAAGCAUGAACAACUAUGUAUGCAUGGUAGAUCAUUUUGGCCAUACUGGAAGUAUUUCUGAAUCAAGAAACCUGAUAAAAACAUGCCAUUAGAGCCUGAUAUUGUUGUAUGGAGGAUGAUGCUCGGUGCCUGUAGAAUUCACAUAAACAUCCAGCCAGGAGAAUGUGGCACGAGAACACUACAAUUUAGAGCCUGAAGAUGCUGAAUAUUACAUAUUGAUGUCAAAACUUUAAUGCAGCGACAACGCAUAUUAUCUCUAAACUGAGUGAGAAAUUAUGGUGAGCCAUGCUAAUCAGUUCCAUUAUUUAAAGAAAGGAUUUUGUUCUUGUGGGGAUUUUUGGUGAUUAUUUCAAGAAGUAUGCAUACUAUUUGCAAGGAGUUGACAAUCCGAGUGGUAUAGCUCCAA